UCGAGUAGGUCCGUCCGAUCGUGCGGAACUGUCUUCCCAGGUGACAACCAGCAACCCUUUCCGAGAGUCGAUUCUUACCUGCUUAACAAUCCGAUCAGGCCGAGCACGUGCACUCGAGAAAACAUGAUUAUCAGGCAUCAACGAAACAAUAUCCUGCUCGUGUGUGUAGUAUUACAUUUCUUCAUGCAAGUACUCGACGUCCACGGCCAUGGAAGAUUAAUGGAUCCGCCUUCAAGAAAUGCAAUGUGGCGGUUCGGCUAUCCGAAUCCAGUCAAUUACAAUGAUAAUGAGCUUUUUUGCGGUGGAUACGCAGUACAUUGGGAGCAGAAUAAAGGCAAGUGCGGCGUUUGCGGAGACGCAUAUCAUUCGAGUCAGCGUCCACACGAAGCCGGUGGUGAGUUCGCAAAUGGGAUCAUCGUUCGACACUACACCUUGGGGCAGGAAAUCGAGGUGGAAAUCGAACUUACAGCCAAUCAUUAUGGGAGAUUCGAGAUGUAUCUUUGUCCUAAUAACGAUCCGUCGCGUGAAGCAACUCAAGAAUGUUUCGAUUCUUAUCCUUUGUACGUGUCCGGGACGCAGGACGUCCGUUUUGAGAUUCCGCACGACACAGGAAAAAAAGGCAUCAUUAAGUAUAUGGUAACGUUACCAUCGUACAUAACGUGUUCGCAAUGCGUCAUUCAGUGGAACUAUUACACAGGAAACAUGUGGGGCACUUGUGAAAACGGUACGGAAGCUGUCGGAUGUGGAAGACCAGAAACUUUCCGUAACUGCGCCGACGUGAGUAUCGUCACCAGUACCGGUGGGAUACCGCCACGGUUUUUGUAUCAGAAUAUUCUUUACGAGCUGUACUCGAUAAGUCCGAAAUACUCCACCGCGCCGCUCGCACGGCCAUUGAGAGUUCAAGUGUGCGAGCCAACUGCGGCUUAUCGAUACAGGCAGAAUAUGACCAAUUGGUGUCAAGUGAAUUGCAUUCGCAUCCCGUCAAACUGUCCGCCUGGUGUCUGUCACUGCCUAAACACUUGCGAUGCUAUUGGAGAUAUCGCCGAUAAACCUGGAGCAGACCAAUAUUGCCUGAGACGUUGCAUGCGUUAUCCGUCGAAUUGUCCGAGUGAUCGCUGUAACUGUUAUUGAAACUGUAAACCAUGCUUGAUAUUGACAUUCUACAUACAGCGUUAAAUGUGGGAUGUGAAUGUGUAUAAGUAUCGUCGAAUUAAUAAAAGUCUGACCGUAAUACGCGUAAUUUCACUGCUUACUAUGAAAAGUAUUCUAUAUGGAUAAUACUAUGAAAG